ACAGCGACUCUGGGGAAUGUGCUCUCGGCCCCCCCUACCGUGCUUACUUAAGCUAAUGGAAGAUCUUGCCUUUCAGUAGCCGCUGCACUGGGAUACCAGACAAACAGCUCUCCUCGACCCCUGGCAGACAGGGCCCCUCUUCAGGACAUCAUUAAAAGCACAUGCACUUGUUUCAGACCCAUUGGCAGCCUCGGGUGGCAAGAUUCGGGACUUCUACUCUGAAGCCAAGGAGAAGCCAGAGCGGUGGAAAACAUCCUCGCUUUGAAAAUCCAAAGCUAAAUUAAAGAGCUACGUGAGAUAAGGAGCCUGAAGAAUAUUAGUUGGCUGCGGGGUUGAGGAGAGACACAAAAAGCACAGCAGGUAAGAGCCGGGGGUUGUUGCCAAAAAGGAACUGUCCCAGGUGGCGAGCGAAAAGGAUCUCAGCGUUGGAGGCCUAUCCGUUUGAGAUUUCCUAGCGCGCUCAAGCUUGCUUGUCUUUUUCCAUCAGUUUCCAGAGGACGGACAUUGUCAGAGCCUUCCCUAUCGGUGCCACUAAUCCUGUUAUCAGCUUGGUUAUAAAUGUUAAUUCCCCUGGCCCUUCGGUGAUGGUGCCGCAUCAGAUUGGGAGCUGUUAGGAAGCCCCUCACCAGAAUCUCGCCCCUCCCUGCGAGAAACCGAUGAGAGGCAGGGCCAAGGCAACGCGAUGGCGGCCUAUCCAGAGAGGUGCGUGGACGCCACCGUGCUGGACUUCGUCGCAGACCUGUCCCUGGCCUCCCCGGGGCACCCACUCCUCUGCGACUUCGCACCUGGGGUUCCCUUUGGGGACCGAGACCUUGUGCUCCGAGAGGGAAGACGCAGGAGGCUGGCACGCUUUGAGGAGGAGGAUCCCGAAGAGGAAGGCGAAGUAGACGAGGGGGAGGAGGAGGAGGAGGAAGAGGAGCAUGGGAGAGGCGCGUCCCCGCUGGGCCGUCCCAAGAGGAAAAGGGUGAUCACCUAUGCCCAGCGCCAGGCAGCCAACAUUCGCGAGAGGAAGCGGAUGUUCAACCUCAACGAGGCCUUCGACCAGCUGCGAAGGAAGGUGCCCACUUUUGCUUACGAGAAGAGGCUGUCCCGGAUCGAGACCCUACGCCUGGCCAUCGUCUACAUUUCCUUCAUGACCGAGCUCUUGGAGAGCUUCGAAAAGAAGGAAACCGGCUGAGUCCGGGUGGGAUGGAGGUGUCUGUCCCCUCCUCUCGUGGGCGUGCGCGGGCUUGGGGGUGCAUCAGGACCCAGCAGGGUGCGGCCGAGAGACCUGGAGGGACUCUUUAAGACAGAAAGUCUGGCCUUCUGGAGCUUGGUCCGGACUUGAGAAAUCCCCACAGCUAGGGAGAAGAGUGGCAGCCGGAGAGUUAACAUACACGCGAUUGCUUUCUAAGGAGCCUGGGGCGCCUUAGGAGGUAGAAUUCGCUGGGCCUGUUGAGGCGACAGCCCAGAAGCGGUUUCUGCCGGCCUGGUGGGUGGGGAGCUAAUCCUCUCCCCAAACUGUAGACUUCGGGG